UGACGUUGUACGGACGAAACGGAAACGUCUGCGUGAGUGCAGAAAUAGUGGCUGACAAGCAAAGUGGAGUGCUCUCUUUACGUAUUGUCAGUAAAGUAACGUAUAUGGCGAAUAAGUAGAGCCAGUUCGUUUGCUUUAGACUCUCGCGCAGCACAAGCACCUCUUAGCUCACCACUUGAUGCUGACGGAUUUUGAGGCGGCGAGGAGCUGCUAGCUUCUAGCUACCGAUGAGUUAAGCAGGGAUCAAUGAUUUGAACACACUAACAGAAGUCCAGCAAAGUAGUAGGUGUGCCUGAGCUGGGGUCAUGGCUGGGGCUGGAGCACAUCUCACCUCCACAGCUGUCAGCGAGCAGCCUUCAGUCUUUGAAGUGCUAGCUCAGGAGUCCCUGAUGGAGGCAGUCAGACCUGCGCUGAGACAUGCUGUCAAGGUUCUGGCUGAAUCCAACCCGUCUCGCUUUUUGUUUGCGUGGAGAAACUUUGAUGAGCUCUACCUGCUGCUGGACCUCCUCCUCCAGAACCACUACCUGUCUCACUGCAGUGCAUCCUUCUCUGAGAACUUUUAUGGUCUGAAAAGAGUCUCUGGGGAGCUGGAACUUUCUCUUCGACUGGGGCUACAUGGGAAGUUCCGCUGGCGAUCUCUCCUUUUCCUGUGCCUGGUACCUUACCUCCGGGCCAAGCUGGAGGCUACGCUGGCUCGGCAGAGAGAUGAGGAAGACUUCUCUAUCAGGCUGGCACAGACCAGGAGUCAGAGGCUCUACAGAGCAGCUGUGGCAGCCUACCCAUACAUCAGCUCGGCGUGGCAGGCCUGGAUCUUCUGCCAGCAGCUGCUCUUUGUCUUUGGUGUCACCAGGACUCACAGUCCCCUGCUGUGGCUCGCCAACGUCAGACUGGCUCGACUAAAUGCUCGAGACGUCAGAGAGAUGGAGAAGAAACUCCGCCCCACUGGCAGCCCAUCUGAUAAGAGCCUACUGCAGAGGACGUGGUGGCUAAUGUCACAGGCGGUGAGGGGCAUGGCCAUCUCCCUCUCUACCUCGCUGUCUCUGGGGGUCUUCUUCCUGCAGUUCCUGGAGUGGUGGUACUCCUCAGACAACCAGAGCACAGUGAAAGCGCUCACCUCCUUGCCUGUUCCUCCACCCCCUCUGCACCUGCAGCGCGGUGAAGACAGUGAGAGUUGGAGCUGCCCACUAUGUAGGAAGCCACGCAUUAAUUCCACCGUGCUGUCCACCUCCGGCUUUGUCUUCUGUUACCACUGCAUCUACACGUAUGUGAAAGCCAACCGGCGCUGCCCGGUCACCAGGCUUCCAACAGAGCUGCAGCACCUCAUCAAGAUCUAUGCGCCGGAUAAUUAAAAAUCACUUCAUAUUCAAGCCCCAUCAUUGAUGAAACGGUGAAUAAAAAUUUCCGACAGUUAUUUGAAAUGAGUUUUAAAGAGAAUCAAAGGCAUGUGGUUUUGGCAUAGAGGAGAUUUCUUAUCCUCCCUCAAUUUGUGUUGAUCCAGGAUCCUGACAGUUUUUUUUCAGGAUGUGUAAACAAAUCUUUAUAAAUUCAAUAAAGAAGUAUUUUUCUGAUGA